CGGUAAUGCACGCCACAAGGUUGCUUGUCACCCGCCAUUAAACCACAGAAGAAGAAGUGACAGCGGUCAGAAAAAGAAGAAGAAAAUGAUGAUAAUGAGGAAGAUGAAACCCGACGAAAAUCCUGUGUUCUGAUAAACACCAAUACAGCAUCAUGGAAAUUGAAAGCCGUGUGUGUCGGCAGCAGCGACUGAGUGAGUCAUCCAAGGUGUUCUUGUGGGCCGAUCAAGCAGUGGAAUUGUUGCAGGGGCUCAAUGAGCAGCGACAACACAGCCACCUGUGUGAUGUGGUGCUGGCGGCUGACAAGCAGCCUCUUCACGCUCACAGAGCCCUGCUGGCUGUCUGCAGCCCUUACUUUCAUGCUAUGUUCACUUUGGGCAUGAGAGAGAAGCAACAACCACAGGUACAGCUUUUUGGUUUGUCGUACAUUGGUCUGAAGACAGUCCUGGACUUCUUUUAUACUGGAGAGCUUCCAUUGGACGGCGGGAAUAUUGAAUCUGUGCUACAAGCUGCUCAUCACUUACAGGUAUGGAAAGUGGUGGAUCUCUGCUGCCAGUAUCUGCAGCAGGAGGUGAGCGAGGAGAACUACUUGUACCUGCAGGAUUUGGCUCAGCUCUACAGUCUACAGCGACUUGACGCCUCCAUCGAUGACUUCCUCCUCAAACAUUUUGCUACCCUCUCCUUCACCCCAAACUUUCUUCGUGACAUUCCUUUGCACAAGCUAACCGCUUACCUCUCCAGUAACCAAGUUUGUCACCACGAUGAGCAGGAGCUGUUUCAGACUAUUCUACGUUGGCUCGCUCAAACUCUUGAGCGGAAAAUCCAUGCUAAACAGCUCAUGUCCCACAUUCGCUUUCCUCUGAUGCCGGUGGAGUACCUGGUCGACCAGGUGCUGCCGACACUGCAAACACUUUUUCCAGCGGAGGCCAGUUGCAAGGCCAUGGUGGAGGAAGCUUUGGAGUACUAUCAAAGCACAAGCGAGCAGCCAAUUCGGCAAACAGGACGCACUAUGCUGAGGGGAGGAGUGGAAUGCUUGUUGCUGAUUGGUGGAGAGGUGUCAGAGCGAGGAGAGGAGCUCAGUGCUAACGUUUGCCGGCUGAAUGGUGAUUGUUGGGAGACAGAAACUGAACUUCCUACUCAGCAAAGCCACCACUGCCUGGCUGUGCUCGGAGGCUUCAUCUUUGUUGCAGGUGGAAGUUUGUCCACCUCCAACGUUGGAGAUGCGGCGUGUAACUUGCUGUACAGAUACGAUCCUCGCCACAACCAAUGGACCAAGGGAGCUUCGAUGAAUGAGGCCCGGGUAAACUUUUACCUGGCAGCAGUGGGAGAAUGCUUGAUCGCUGUGGGUGGAAGAAAUGCCUUUGGAGCGUUGUCUUCUGUGGAGCGAUACUGUCCUGCUGAAGACCGCUGGUCCUAUGUAGCAGGACUGCCAAGGUUGACGUACGGCCAUGCCGGCACCUUGCAUCACGGUGUGGUCUACAUUUCCGGCGGACAUGAUUGUCAGAUAGGACCGUUUCGCAAAGAUGUCCUGUGCUAUGAUCCAUUGGCGGAUGGCGACGUGUGGGUGGAAUGCCAACCCAUGGCGCUGGCUCGGUGCUGGCACUGCAUGGCCUCCCUCAAGAAUCUAAUCUACGCCAUCGGAGGCAGCAACGACCACGAGGAUACCAGUGAGCGAUUUGACAUUCUGCAGGUGGAGUCCUACAACACACGCAGCCAACAAUGGACUCAUGUGGCACCCCUUCUGUUGCCAAACAGUGAGGCGGCCCUGGCGGUGUGGGCCGAGAGGAUUUAUGUGCUGGGCGGUUACAGCUGGGAGAAAAUGAACUUCUCUGGGACCACUCAAGUGUACAAUCCUGAUGAAGAUGUGUGGUCCACAGGGCCUGACUUGCCUAAACGCAUUGCAGGCUCCUCAGCUUGUGUGUGCGCCACUAAAGCUCCUUUUACAUCUCUGAAUCCAGAGGGGAUCAAAAGUUGACAAGUGGGACCCAUCAUGUCCAUUUAUGGCAAUCCAGCAGCUUUGUACGACAGGGCUAACCCAGACUGGGCACCAACCCUGAAGCUUUCAGCCAAAUUGACACCAAAGAAGUCGGAGAAAAAGAAACAACAAUCAACCUACUCAGUUAAUAGAUACAACAGAGUUAUGGAAAGGCAGAAAAGCAAAGAGAAGAUAACUGCAGCCAAGGCCUUGAUAGAUCUCUUUCAUGAACCAGGACCAUCGGUUGAUGUAGAGGACAGAGACCUUCCCGAUGUUGAACCAAGGCCGGUGUGUGAGUUUGCACUGAAGGGCGCACUGGAGACUUCAAGUGAGACAACAGAUGUAUGUGUGGACCCAUUGAGAAACAGUCAGGUGGACAGUGAAAUUCAAAGGCUACUGACUGAAAACAUGGCUCUAAGAGAUCAAGUGAAGGACAACAUGUAUAGUGAAGAUGGUUUCGUAGGUCAGAAUGACAAAGUUAAAUAUUAUACUGGACUCCCAGGUUUUACCACUCUAAUGGCGCUAUUUCAUUUUGUGAAGGAUUUUAUUCCCAAACCUAGGAGCAAUGCGGAACUUGGACAAUUCACAAGAUUGGUAAUGACUCUAAUGCGAGUAAAGCUGAACUUACCCAUUCAAGAUUUAGCAUACAGGUUCAAAACUUCACCAUCAACUGUUUCAAGAACUUUUUUAACAGUGAUACAUGUGUUGUAUGUGAGACUGAAACAUAUGCUCUACUGGCCAGAGAGGGAAGAACUCAGAAAAACCAUGCCUGUGGAAUUCCAAAAACAUUUUGGUCAAAAGACUGCUGUUAUUAUAGAUUGUUUUGAGGUUUUCAUUCAACGGCCAAAGAAUCUAAUGGCAAGAGCACAGACCUGGUCCUCCUACAAACAUAACAACACUGUCAAAUUUCUGAUUGGUAUAACACCACAAGGAUCAAUUUCUUUCCUCUCAAAAGCUUGGGGUGGAAGAGCAAGUGAUAAAUAUAUAACUGAAAACUGUGGACUUCUGACAAAGCUUUUACCUGGAGAUCUUGUGUUGGCGGACAGGGGUUUUGAUAUUGCCGAUAGUGUUGGCAUGUGUUGUGCACAAGUCAACAUACCAAGUUUCACUAGAGGAAAGUCACAAU